AGUAAGCCGGGACGAUGCAGAUUAGUUGCGACAGUCUCCAGCCGUGGAGCGUCGGUCCUCAGCGGCGCCCUGCUCAGUGUCAUCCUUACCCGCCGACCCGCUAACUCCCUGGCGAGUUACCCGUACCACAUCCUGUUAUACUCAUGUUAUGUAAACUGAAGUCGAGAUCUGAACCCACGGUGUGUCACUGAAUUGUCAACGAUGCUACCCUUGAAGGCCUGGCAGCCUCUCCUGGUCGCUCUACUGCUUCUUGUAAACCUUGCCACUAGCAGCCCGGUGCUGCAAGGUGAUAACGAUUAUAAUUACAACUACGAUGACUAUGAACAAGCAGAUGAGCAGAAAACAAAAUCCAUUCCCCCGGACCCUGAACCGGUUGUAAUGCAGAAAGUUACGACGAAAUCAGUACGAGAAAUAGAACCUAAACCAGCUGCAGAUCUGAAAACGACGACGAAGUUAGGACUUGAAGUAAAACCUGAUAUAGCCGCUGAUCUGAAAGCUACGACAAUGUCUGGACUUGGAACAAAACCAGAACCAGCUGCUGAUCUAAAGACUACGACGAAAUCCGGACGCGGAACAGAAUCCAAAACCGUCGUCGAGCUGAAAGCUUCGACGAAGUCAACACCCGGAGCGGAACCUAAGACACCUGGAGACCCGAUACAAUUCCCCGAAAUUGAUCCUGAGCGAGAAUCAGGAGCACCGGUUGACGUCGAAGAGACGGACUACUCGCAGUCGCUGCUGAACGCUACAUCUACGCCAGAAGCGACUGAGGCGGACGAGCGGGGUGAGGUACCUCAACCAACUCCCAAACCUCUUCCCGCAAGCUGCACACAGCCUCCGAGCCCGGGGCUGUGUCGAGGCCACUACCCAAUGUUCUACUUCGACCCCGCGACCAACACCUGUCAACAGUUUGUGUACGGCGGCUGUCGAGGCAACGAGAACAUGCACAAGACAGCCACGGAAUGCUACGCCAAGUGCCACCCAGCUGCCCUCAACGUGUGGAACAAGCACCAGCUUGGUAGGUCAUCACCACACGACUACCUGACCUUACACGAUGGUACGGGCGUCACCUCCCUCACCUUCGUCAGCCGCAACCCAUCUCUCAGGGUCGACGACAAGACGCUGGCUCACUUCUCCAUCAACAACACCUACCAGUUCGACUUGUACUUCAGGACGGACUCUCCCCACGGGCUCCUCGCCUUCCUGCGUCAGGUAUCGGCGCCGGAGGAGCCGCAAGGAGUGAGGAUCCAGCUGUACAUCUUCCUGAAGAGAGGCCACCUGGCAGUCACUCACGUCUUCGAUAACACGACUGAAACAUUCAUCAUGGAGAAAGGAGGGCUGCAAGAUAGCAGCUGGCACCAUGCCAUAGUCAAGGUGACGGCAACCACGGGGGAUCUGACGGUGGAGGUGGACAACAUCCAGGAGAACUUCACCGUCGCCAGCCUCGCAGACCGACCCGGGUACUCCAGGGGCAGCUACGCCCUCCAGGACCUCGCCUCCAGACUCUGGAUCGCGGGAGUGGACAAGAAGAGCCUGGAGGAGGAGGAGGUGGUGGUAGGCUUGGUGCCGUUCCACGGGUGUAUGCGGCAGGUGGGGGUGGCGAGUGGUGGCACUCCCAUGGGUAUGGUGCCAGUCCGUCCCCUUCUCACCUCCACGCAUCAUGGCGUCCGGGAACACUGCAACAAUAACUGCAAAGAUCGUUACCGUAACCUGUGCUCCCCGUCAUCGCACUGUGUUGAGCACUUCGACCACAGCACUUGCAGCUGCUUCAACAGCGGUCAGGACGGCAGGAGGUGCGCCAACCCUGAGCUGCCAGUGUUGACUUUGAACAGUGAAGGUUACGUGGUCCACCGUAUCUACGAGUGGGUGGAUCGCGUUCAUUCCUACAACAACCUCAUCUCCAUAGAGUUCAAGACAGAGUUUACGAGCUCGAUCCUGUUCUACGCCUCGGCCGAGCACCCGGAGAAGCAGCACCUGUCUGCCUCCAUCACCGGCGACGGCAGGAUUUACUUCGAGGCUGACUUCGGAGAAGGGGUGGUGAGGGCCCUGGUGGGGGAGAGGCUGAACUCGAGCCACUGGUACACCUUCACCGUCAUCCACCAGCACGAGAAACUCAAGGUGUACCUGGACUCGAAGCUUAAACAAACUCUCAUCGUGCCUGGGAAGGUCCAUUACCUCCAUCUAGACCCGGACUUGUACGUCGGCAACCUUCCCGGACUUAACCGGUUGUGUGGGCUGACCAAGGACCUGGGCACGCCGGAGUGCCCUCAGGAGGCGCAGCAGCGUUACCACUACGACGUCCACUCCGCCACCUGUCGCCCCUUCAACUACACCGGCUGCGGAGGCAAUAACAACAGCUUCGUUGACCACGCCACCUGCAUGGACUCCUGCUACACCGUUGGUCUGAGGUCUCUCAAUUCCUUCCUGGGUUGCUUGAGGAACGUCUUCUUUAAUGACGUCAGCAUCCUGCAGCAGCUGCACCAGGGAAACAGAUCCACCCGAUACAUUGGCAUGACCGAGGAACCACCUCUGUCAACCACCUGCAAUAGGAUGGAUGAGGUACAAGUCACACUGUCUACAGCCAGCUCCAGCAUUCUCCUGCACAACCAUAAUCCUAAUGAUUUCCGACUUAAAGUGUCCUUCAGGCCUACGACACCUCGCAGCAUUCUCGCCUCUGGUCAGGUGUACGUUCGUGACACCUGGAACGUGUGGCAGAUGCGUCACGACCAGAACUACGUCUAUUUUGACGUGCAUGACGACGUAGUCCACCUCAAACCCGAUGGCAGAAUAAAAAUCGGCGACUGGCAGUAUGUGGAACUGCGGCAGGAGAAAGACCUCCUGAUCAUGAAGGUCAACCAGAUGACCACCUCGAAAAAGACCUCAGGAAGCCUUCAGUUCUCCUCCCAAGUGACCAUUGGGGCCAGCAUCCUAGGAGACGAAACAGGAUUUAUUGGGUGCUUGAGGAUGUUGGAGUUAGGAGGAGAGAUGGUGAACUUGCGCUCCAUCGUGGGAACUCCCAUGGUCAGCAAGGACGUCACUUUUGACAACUGUCAGGUGUUGGGCCCUUGUGAGCGGCCAGGGUCGUGCGGACACGGAGCCCCUUGUACCGUGGCUGGGGAUGGUGUCCAGUGUAACUGCUCAGGCACGGGCUACACGGGCAAAACGUGUCACUUCCCGUUGUAUAGGAAGUCGUGUGAACAGUACCGCCAGAUCGGCUACAACACGUCAGGGAUCUACAAGAUCGACGUGGACGGCAGUGGUCCUCUGCCUCCCGGCUUUGUCAGAUGCCUCUUCAGCGAGCUGACGGGGGAGACCUUCACCAUCAUCGAACACAACCUGCCGCAGAGUUUUGACGUGAGGAGACCGAAGAUGUCCAGCGUCCAGAUCAAGGUCCACUACAGAGACUUCUCCGACGAUAUGCUUAAGGCGUUGGUUAGCCAAUCCAAGUCCUGUUCUCAGAAGGCGAGGUACAACUGCCGGAGGUCCCCUCUAAGGCUCUCCACCAUGACCUGGUUCUCCUCCCCUUCAGAGAAAAUUAUCACCAGCUUCGGGGCCAAGACUCCUGGGUUGUGUAGGUGCAAAGAAAUGAGAUCGUGUGACAAGAUGGACAUCCCGUGCAACUGUGACGCUAACGAUGGGCUUCCAAGAGCAGACAAGGCGGUGAUCACUAACCCCAGACACCUGCCUCUCACCUCCAUGGUCUUCCUGCAGGAUCAUCAAGGACAGCGAGAGGACACCGAGGGACUCAUCACGCUAGAGCCCCUCAAGUGUGUUAGCGACGUUCUGGAGGGGCAGACGGUGGCCUUCAAGCACUCCGGCAGCUUUCUGGAGGUGCCGGCGUGGCGGGAGGGCAGCCUCUUUCUCAGCUUCAAGACCACCUCCAAGAAGGCGAUAGUGGCCUACCAACCAGCCUACCACCCAAGUCACGCCAGUUUCAAGGUCGCUCUCGUUGGAGAUAAGGAGGUGGAGUUCAUGUACAGGUUUCGGGACCAGAUCUACCGGCACCGCGUGGCGUCCAGCGGUCGCCUCAACACCGGCCGGUGGCAGCAGCUGCACAUCGACAUUCAUGACUACCAGAUGCGUCUCGUCCUUAAUUCUGACGAGGGUCUCAUCGACAUCGACAGAAAUGUCAACCUCGGAGUCCUCGAUGGCUCCAUGUUCCUGGGGGCCAUCCCUCAGCAAUUCCUGACUGAGGAAGAUAAGCAGGACAAACUGGAGGGCUUUAUCGGCUGCAUCCGCGGGCUGGCCCUCAACGACGAGCUGGUGGACCUGAAGGCGUUCGUCAGAGCCUCGGCUAAUGGGGUCAGUUCGGGCUGUUCGCCUUCCUGCGACCCCAACCCCUGCAGGAACGGUGCAUUGUGCCUUGAAAGCUGGGGAACGUAUCAGUGCAGCUGUAAAAACCCUCUCGCUCACUCUGGAAGAAACUGCGAAAAUAAUAUCAACGAAGACGCCCUCACCUUCACCACGGAGGACUCCAAGUUCAAGUACUUUUUGGACGACAUAGAAAAACUCGGGGACAAGAAUCUGCUCAAAAACAGUUUUCUUAUCAACUUCCGCACUCAUGUGAAGAAGGGACUUAUUCUCUUCGCUUACGACUAUCUCCACAACUUUGUACAGUUGUACUUAGCCCAGGAGAACGAGGUGGUGUUCCUCUACAACCAUGGCUCUGUGGUGAAGAAGCUGGCGGUGAAGGCUCACAAUGGCGUGGUGUUCAACAAGGGGCAGUCCGUACAGCUGUCAGUGACCCGGACGGCCGCUUCCACUACUGUCUCCGUCUACACCGACGGCGCCACCUUCAACGCCUCCCUGGACGCCGGCGUGUUGCUUCUACAGGACCACGAGUACAAGCAGUUCCCCUUCGGUGCUAGACAACCUCUGCCCGAGAUAGUGUACUACCCGCACUCGGUCACCAAACCCACGCAUUUCUUCCAGGCCUACCUGGGCUCAGGCAGCGACAACGAGUUCGAUGUCACGUCUGUCAUCCCGGGUAUUGUGGGCUGCGUCAGAGGCCUUAAGAUUGGCUCGAAGGUCAUCUCCCUGAUCGACCUUUACCACAAGUCGACAUUCCCUGUGGACGGCAUCAAGGUCAACUGUACGAUGGCGUGCGACCGGCGGCCGUGUCUCAAUGGUGGGGUUUGUACCGAAGACUUCCACUACUUCAACAACUUCCAGUGUGACUGUACCGGAACCUCGUACACUGGCCCUACUUGUGUCGGCGAGACUUCGUAUAUCUUCUCUGGUCAUCAAUGGAUCAGCCAGGACGCGGCCACUUCUCCCAUCAGGAAAGACUUCAGAUUCGAGCUGGCAUUCUCCACCUCCGUGCCAGGCUCACGGCCCCAGCUAGUUGCUCUCCUCCGUUCCACAGACCUCCAAACGGCCCACGACUACUUGCUGGUGGCAGUGGAGUACGACGGGUCGCUCCUGGUGGAGGCGCAGCUGUCGGACUUGGAUCGGGAUAUGGUGUGGGGGACCAAGGUCAUUCCUUCCUCACACAACUUUAAUGCUUUUGAUGGCCACAGACAUUACGUCUUCGUGGAAAAGACGAAAAAUGGGCUCACUCUGAAGGUUGACAGGGAGGAGAGAGACGUCUUCCCGCUCCAUAACAUCUUCGUGGGUGAGACGAGUGUGAGGACCACCCCGACGGGGCUGUACCUGGGAGGGGUGGAGGCUGGUGUCGACGAUCGUCUGGGCCGCUUCGACAGCUUCCACGGUUGCAUCUCUAACGUGAAGGUACGCACUCCCGACGGGGAAGUGGCACCACUACAGCAGUACAGCGACAGUGACAUGCACCUCAGGAGCAGCGGGGUGCCAAGCUUCGGCACCUGUGCACCGUUCGCGGGUGCCCCUGGCGCCCUGCCCGUCCACACCAGCAGUCUCAAUCUGUCCGGGGUGAUGGGAGAGGACUGGGCCUUCAGGACUGCCGAACGGGUUCCCUUGUCGCCCAAGAUGGUCUCAUCCACACACCCGGAGAGAGACACUCCUAUGGACAAUAUUGUCCCGGCCGUUGCUGGGGGAGUUAUUCUCGUUUGCUUCAUCAUCGUCAUCGUCAUCGUCCUCAGGACGAGGAGGAAGAGUAAGCACAGGAGACUCACAUCUGACGAAGAAGAGGCUCGACCCCUCUUCAAUGGCAGCAAUGUCGACAGGCAAAAUAGUGUUAAAAUCGUUAAAAUGUCGGAGAAAGAGAUGGUGCCGUUGAUAUCGAAGCCGGAUCAUGACGAUGUAAUGGAAGGGAUCACGGCAGGUGUGCAAGCGAUACCUGCACCAGAUGUGGACACCAGGCAGCACGAGGCGUCUCCUCAGAGGACCACAGAGGGACAGGAGGCCACCACCAAGCAGGAGCCCCUGGAUGCUGUGCAGGUGCGUAGAGUGCACGACAGUGACGGUGGAGGUGGUGACGGAGGUGGUGACGGUGGUGGUGACGGUGGUGGUGAGCGACCUCUCUCUUGGGACAAAUCUUGUGACACUCUUCCACUUACCAUCGGGAACCAGGGCGAGCCAGUGAUCUGUCAGCCCACAGGAGACAGUAGCUCGGAGAGCAGUAUUGACUGCACCAUUGACAUCAACGACUCGCCCGCUUCCUCUCCUUCAACCCCAACCAAAUUGGGACACUUACCUCACGAGGAAGGUUCACCAUCGUCGACCAAGGUGCAGAGGCGCUCUCUAGGUCUACCAUUUAUCGAUGACGAAAUGCUCAUUGGCGAAAACUCAGCCAGUGUGCCUCAAAUGCUGAGCUACCGUCCACUUCCCACAGAAGACAACGGUAGUGAGAUGGGAGACCAAAAUAUUCACGGUCCCGAUGCUUUUGAAGAAGACCACGACGACAAAACCAAAGAUAUUGUAUAUAGCCAUCCGAAGGUUGGAGAUGAAGAAAUUCAGAAGAUCGUGAAUGAGGAAACGGAGGACGAUAUUGAAGUUGUUGAUGAGGAGAACUCAGAUAUUAAUAAUACAGUGGAGAUUGGGGAACAAGACAGUGAAAAGUCAGACAAUGAGGGAGCUGUAGGUAACUAUGGAGACGAAGAUGUCGACAGUAAACGAAGUUCUGAAAUCGAAGCAGUGCUUGAGGAAAUCGAGGAAACUGAAAUCAGUUACCCAAACUGCAAUACUAACCAGCCGGAGAAAAAUUUGAAAGAUCAAACAGAGGAAAAGAUGGAUAAAGAUCCAGAACUCGAUAUCAACGACCAGCUGGAGUUGAGACCUGACUCAGAACCAGAAAUAAAAGAGGAGAUAAAACCAGAAGACAAUACAUCUCCUGAGUCGACCACCAAACUUGGAGAUGUGGAGACCGACGACACGGAAAGUAAUCCACAAGAUAAAGAAAUCACUGAACCACGAUCUGACGCAGAUAACGCAAUCUCCUCCGGUUCAUCAGACUCGUCAAUCUCCUCAGAGGAGGAGGAGUUUUACACUGAACCACCAAGACCAUCUGUGGGUGCUUCGUCUUCGCCAAAAGAGACAAGUGAACCUCUAGACGAAGAUGAUGACGGUGGUUUCAUCGAACUACGUCCUGAACGAGAAGACAUCCACGACGCACGCAGAAUUUCAGCGAAGACGUUGCAACAAUUUGAUGAUCACAAGUCAACUCUCAUCGAGAACUUGAACAUGGGUGAGGAUACGAGGCCAAGCUUGAACCACGGAAACACUGAAGAUAACAAAGGCCAGCAGCUGAGAAAUAUUGAAAUAUUGGUCGAUAUAGAGAAUCAAGACGACACAUUACAAAACAGAGACAACUACAGCAACCCAGCCAUACCUCUCACACCAAUUAUAAUCGUCAGCGGCCCAGAUGAGCAUGAUAUUUCCUGGCCAGAGUCGCAUGAUUUUGCCAACGAUUGCGAACACAAUGAAGAAUUGCCUACGGAUGAUACCCACAUCUCCAGAUGUGUAGCAGAAUCUGAACAAAGCGAUCAAGCAUCUACAGACUAUCCUGCUGAAGAAAAUUUAAACCAAGAAAUGGUAGAGACCGAGGAAUUGACAGAAGAUGGAAAGAAGAGUGAAGACGAAUAUCUAACACCAGAGACAACUAUACUAACGGAUGAUAUAUCUUAUAAAGGAGAGAAUGACAGAACGGACAGAGAAGAAACUGAAAACAAAACUGAAUAUGGAACGACCAAUGAAGACGAAGUAUGGCAACAAGAACCUAAUGGUAACCAAAGCGGAUUAAACAAAGGUAAAAUAGGAACGAAAGCUGGAGUGGAUGACACUAACAUUACCGACGGUGGCAAAUUCCAAACCGAGUUUAAUGAGCGCACUGAACCCGAGGGUAUGUCAGAGGAGGACUGGUCGCUCCUCAACCAGCAGAUAAACAGAGAUGACAAUAGCGAAAACAUGAAGACGGAUCGUGCAGUAAUUCCUGAAAGUGAAGACAACAACUCUGAAUCUUACCUUACCUUUGGUCGGGACGACGACAUCAGUCUAGAGGACCCAGGUGUGACGCAUCGUGAUGCUACAGAAGCCGAGAGUGGAGUCAAUCUCGGCUCUGUCAGCGAGAGAGAUGAGAGUGACAAGGAAACUGAGGCAAUCAGCAUGCCCUCACGCAGAAAAGAAAACCCGUCUUCUGAAAAGGAAAGCGAAAAGGAAAUAAAUUAUCAGAAUGUUGCAGACGACAAGUUUUCUGAAGACAGGGAAAGUAGUCAAGAACACAAAGAGAAGGAGAAAGGAAAGGAGGACGAUAGAGGGCAAGAAGAAGAAGAAGAAUCAGGAAACGCUCCCGAGAAGAAAACCGCUUCGAAUCGUUCUAACAAAGGACAUAUUGUGAGAGGCAAGAAGCUGAACCCCGUGUUCUUGGCGGAUAAUUUACGCACCUUCAGUAACCCCAUCAGUUACCUCGGGGGGCCCAGCAUCGAGUACGAGGAAGGUGGACAAGGCAGCAGAUCCAGAAGUGAGAGUCUGACAUCAACAUCAUCUCUGGAUUAGACUGUAAAGCUUAGAUAAAGAAACAUUAUUUGUUCCUCCAUUUGUUUUGGAAAACCAUCUUUAAAAUCUGACUAUGUUAGUGUGUGGUUCAUUAAAAAGAUAAAUAUUAAAGUAAAAAAUAUUAACAACUAGAGCUGACAAUUAAAUAAAAUAUUUACUUCACCUAUCUGAUUACAAUGAUAAAUUUAGACUUUUAUCUAAUUAAAUCUACCUGAAUAUUCCCAUACAAAUAAAAAACAGUAACGAUAAAAUAUAACAAUAUCUCCCAGCUUUGUUAUCUUAAAGGAAUAUUUAAGGCUAAUAAAAGUGCAUAAGAAUGAAAGUCUUUACAGUGAAUACAAUAUAGUAAAGCGAACUACCAAGUUCAUACAUAACCAGAAGUCCUGUGAUGCUGCAGCCGCUAAGUACAGCAAGGACCUUCUCUUCAUAAGCUAUCCUUAUUAUGUAACAUUAUGCUAUCAUUAUUAUGUAAUAUUAUACUAUCCUUAUUUAAUAUUAUGCUAUUAAUAUUAUGUAAUAUAUGAUCAUAAAUAGUUUAUAAUUUGUAAAUACCUUUUGGCAUGGCAAAAAAAAACACCACUGAUGUGCUUUUAAAGUGAAUGUAGAAAUUAUUUAGCUACUUAAGAAAAUCCAGGAACUAGUUUCACAGCGGCAGUUGAUUGGACAGUGGGUUGAUGUAUAGAUUUAAGCCCAAUAAAAUUUUGAUUAACA